CAAAAUUUGUUUUAUAUUUGACUAAUUGGGCGAAAACAGUGGUUCUAAUUUUUUGUUAGUUUUUUUCAUUUUAGAUAUGAUGUCAUAAAGUUUAUUGACGUCAUGAAGUUUUAGUUUUGGUUUCGCAAAGCGAGUUGCUUCUUCGAGGUGAGCAGGUUUUGGCGGAGGUCGUGGACACGACGCGGCCCUGAGACGUGUGUACCGCCGCGUGACGUUGCUGGCGACGGAAACAAGCUUCUUCUCUCCUUUUUCCCCCAAGAAACAAAAGUCCUGACAGUUUCUAUUCUUCUCCAAAACAAUGGUGUAAAGGCGCGCCGCGCCCCCUGUCACGAUCGUGCUCAGCGCAAUUUCGCCGCAGCUAGGGUGUGUUGCGCGACGUUUCGGAUCAUCGACAGAGUCCCCGAUUGCUCCGCUCUCGACGCGCCUUCUUUGACAUUUGUUUACGGACGCAAGCGCGAAGUGUCAUUUUUGCCGCGCAUCGGAGACGCACCGUCGCUGCCCGCCGCUGUUGCUGCCAGAUUGUGACCUGGGCGAAUGCCGCACGAAGUCAAAGUACGCGGUUUCACGGAGCUUAGCGAGGGCUUGGAGCUUGAAUUUGUCCAUUCCGUGCCACACGAGCUCACGUGCUCCUCGUGCCAGGACCUGGUCGGCAUCCUCUGGCUCUCACCCUCGUGCGAGCACCGCUUCUGCACCCGUUGCCUCGAGGCGCUUCUCGGCCAGGCCAGCAAGUCUUUCUGUCCCGUGGAUCAAGCCGAAAUCUCUCGUGGGCAGCUUGUUGAGGACACCUCAGUUCAGACCAAGGCAUCCCAGUUCCAGGCUCGGUGUCCCAACCGUGACCAGGGCUGUACAAUAACACCUCGCAUCUGUGACCUCAGAAACCACCUGAGACAGUGCAAUCAAGUCAUGAUGUCGUUCGCUCCUCCGGGUGGCGAUGGCAACGGCAGCUCUUCAGCCAACAACGAAGCUAAUGGCUCGACUAGCAGCAGCGGUAACAUGGAACCUGAUGGGACUCCGAGGUGCUGGAUGGCUGACUUUGGCUGCGAUUUUCAGGGCUCUGCUUCAGAGGUGGAGGCCCAUGAAAACGACUGGCAGCAACACAGGCGGAUGAUUGUGACACGUCUUUCCGAGUACAGGCGCAACUUGGAGGACAUCCAAAAUGAGCGCGACGUGCUUCGCAACCAAGUGAACGAGGUGAACGCCACUUUGAAAGGACUGAACCUUGGCUUCGAGCACCACUGCACACAUUCCGCGGGCACACAGAACGAGUUGAGAAACCGCAUUCAACAGAUGGAGCAGAGACUGGCACAAUUUGAGUCCCAGGGUGGGGCAGUCCAGCCUACGACUUUUCAGCUACAACCUCCUCAGAAACCAAGUGCCCCCACUAACUUCGAGAGCAUUGGCUUUUCUAACCAGAUGUCGAUGGCUCCGACAGAAGCACCAAUGACAUCCAUGGCUUCCAUGGCGCCGCCAAGCCUGCCAGUGAACAACAGCCGGGUGAAUGGGCGAAUCCAUCACCGCCGCUUCCGGGGUGACCGCUUCUCCAGCUGCUCCUUGUACACCACCAGAACACAACAGGAUCAAGUCAUGACUUGCCCGGAUGGCCAGUUUCGGUGGCUCCUGAAGGAGUACUCGCGCGCCAAACGCCACCAACGCCACGGCACUCAUCGCUAUUCGUCCAGCCCGAUCUUCUGCACCGGAAACCCCGGCUACUGGCUCCAGCUUCGGAUACACCUCAACGGCAUCGGCCAGAGCCGGAAGGGGCGUUUCAUGGCUGUUCAGCUGGUCCUGCUUAGGGGCCCCAACGACUCUGAGCUCCCGUGGCCGUUUCGACACAGGGUGACGGUGACCUUGCUGAACCAGAACGGGCCGCAGCACGUCAGCUACACCAUAAACGACCCCAGCUUUCCGCGAUCCCAGGGCGAACACACGGUGCCUUACGUCUGGCAGGAGUUCAUCGCCUUCAGCGACCUCGAAGCCAACCCUGGCUUGGCUUGGAAUGACAGCCUCCUUUUCGAGCUCACCGUGACACCACCGUCGCCACCACCGCCGGGAUUGUACCCACCCCUGUGAACGUCCGUCCAGACGUAUACUUAUUAGGGCUGCUUUUAAGCCGUUCUUUAAGCGCAUACUUUUGCUAGAAUGUGCACGUAAGCUUGCUUCUCUGUUUACACUGUUACAUUACAAAAGUGGUGUAAUAGAAUUUUUUAAUAUCGAAUGUGGUAGAUAACAAAUUUCUACUGGCCGAGGCAGAUUGCUCUAUGAUUCUGCACGAUAACUUACAACAAAUACAUAAUUGGCAAAACUUAAUUAGCUAACUUAAAGCUGAUCACUUUGGAGGACAUGUUGCAAGUGAAGUGACACCAGCAACUUUGCAAGGCUCGCCCACUUGGAACCGAUUUUGAAACUAGUGCAUUCCGAGGCAAGUGCCCUCAAAGUUACGGCAGUGUAAACUGUUGUUCUUUCUUUUUGAACAAAACACCUUCUUAAGCAGUACAAGACAAACUUUACUGGAACACCAAAGCAUUUCAUUGCACAAUUAAUGCGUAGCUUGAAACUGGUGCCACGCUCAGUAUUCCUGUUAAGAUUGCCUUGCGAACUCACCAGUUCAAUUUCAGAAGUUUCAGUAUGUGCCCAAAGUGAUGAGCUAAAAUUUAUAUAGUAAGGUAUCGUUAACUCCAUUCCAACUUGUUGUCCAAAUAAUUUUGCCUCUCUCUGCUGUACAGCUAGUAAUUGUGCUAUCUCUACCACAGGCUAUUUUUCAGUUUAUGUUCGGAUUGUUAAAGAAAACCGCGUAUAGGCAUGCCUCGCCUCUGCGAGCUGAUAAGUACUACAGCCAAACUUGUUAAAAUCAAGUCGCAUCCCGCAUGAAAAUAAUUUUAUUAUAUUGAAUAUUCGUUUUUCACUGGUAUCAGCGAGAAAACUUAUAUUUACUUUGUUGUAUCCGAUUAGUUAUAUCCACAAUUGCUGCAUAGGGGUUUGCCUGCUUCCCGACAUUGCACAUCUCAAUGCAUUCCGAUACCACAUAGCUAAGACUACUGUUAACGCAUACACAGCUCAGCACUAAGUUCUCUGCACAACAUUUAUGACAGCAUCAGUGAAAUGUAGGUUAGGAACGACAAACAUUCCCAGCUGCAGAGUAUUUUAUUUCACCACGAAUGUACAUGUACUUUCACAAGCAGUGGCGACGUUGGGAAAGACACUGCGUAAAUGUGGCCAGACUACUCCCCACCUACGAUACCCUAAUUACAGUGGGAGUAAGGUGGCAGGAUCAAAGGCCACUCAACUUAUUAAGUAUUAUUUAGAAUAGAAAGGUUUCAUUACAGGAAAAGAUGCCCAGUAACAUGAAGAUCCUAGACGUUAUACGUAUUUAUCAGAUUUUGAUAACUGCCACCCAUCAUACUUUUGCUGGCCGUUUUCCUCCUGCAGGUAAUAUUGAAAACAAUGCAGUUGAUGUUUCAUUCGUAUUGAACUCGUUAAAUGCGGCAGGGAUUAAUGGACAUUUUCGUUUCUUCAGUACUUUAUGGCUUGGUUUACAAUUGGUCAGAUUUACUGACAUUUUACCUAUGAUUUGCCAUUGAAAGGCUUUUUAUUGUUUCAGUCCAUCACACGUUGUCAGCAAUAAAGUUUUGAAAUACCA